AUGUUGUCCCAGGCGCUCAUCUUAUCCCUCGCGAGCCUCGCGAGCCUCGCGGCCGCGCAAGACCGCCUCUUUUCCUCCGCCUUUGGAUACCCUGGCCGCAACGCAAGCUACGACUACAUUGUUGUCGGCGGCGGCACUGCCGGCCUGACUCUCGCAUCGCGUCUUGCCGCAACCUCCGCCUCCGUCGCCGUUGUCGAGGCCGGUGGCUUCUACGAAGUCGAAAACGGCAACAACAGCGUUGUGCCCCUCUUCUCGCUAACGGGCAUCGCCUUCAUCGACCCGUCGCCAGACUUCACUCCGCAGCCCGUGAUGGACUGGUCCCUGGUCUCGGAGCCGAUCCCGGGCGCCGGCGGCCGACGGGUGCACUACGCGCAGGGCAAAACGCUGGGAGGGUCUUCGGCUAUCAACACUAUGUCGUAUAACCGCGGAACGAAGGGUUCCUACGACCUCUGGGCGGAGAGGGUCGGCGACGAGACGUUUCGGUGGAAGAGCAUGCUCAAGUAUUUCAAGCGCUCUAUCAAUCUCACGCCGCCGAACGAGGAGAAGCGCCAGAACACUAAUGCCACUGUGCAGUUCGAUCCCAAUGACUACGAUGAGCAUGGAGGCCCACUACAGGUUUCGUGGAACAAUUGGGUAGACCCGACGCUGACCUGGCUUUCGCAAGUCGUUCUGAGCCUCGGGCUGAGCAUCAGUCCCAAAGGAUUCAGCAGCGGCGAGCUGGCUGGGUACGGCGCAUGGGUUCCCUCGACGAUCGACCCGGAAAAGGCGCAGCGGUCUACGAGCGAGAGCAGCUUCCUGCAACAGGCGAUCAAGAACACGGGGACUAUUGUGUACCCUCAUACAUUGGCGACCAAGAUCCUGUUCGACGGCACCCAAGCAGCCGGCGUGAGCGUCAACUCCCAAGGGGUCGAGUACACCCUGUCAGCCAACAAAGAGGUCAUCCUCACCGCGGGCACAUUUCACUCCCCUCAGCUCCUUCAAGUUUCCGGCAUCGGCCCACGCGAACGGCUAGAAGCCCUCUCGAUCCCCGUCGUCGCCGAUGUUCCCGGCGUGGGACAGAACCUCCAGGACCCAAUUCAGAUAUUCGUUGCGUACCCCGUCAGUACGCCCUCCGCCCAAUCCCUCACCAACGACCCGUCGCUCAAUCCUGGAUUCGUUGAGGAGUAUCUCAAGUCCGGCACUGGACCCUACAGUUCCGCCGCAGGCUUCCUAGCCCACGAGCGUCUGCCCAACUCGACUCUCGCCAGCCUUACGCGAGAAACUCGCGACAAGCUUUCUUCGGUCCCUUCGGACUGGCCUCAGCUUUCGUUCAUUGCCGGAUCUUUUUCAACGGCUCCGGGGCAAACGAGCGGGACCAUCGCUGCAUACCUCCCUCAUGUCUUUUCCCGCGGAAAUGUCACCAUCUCAUCAGCUUCGAUCGAAGCAAAGCCAGUCAUCAACUUGAACUGGCUGUCUGACCCCGCUGAUGUGGAGCUGGCUGUCACAGCCGUUAAGCGUCUUCGUGCCGCGUGGGCCUCACCAUUCGCCAACACUCCAGGAUUCAAGAAUGGCGCCGAGGCGUUCCCCGGGGAUGCGGUACAGACCGACGAGGAGAUACUAGAGUAUGUCAGAGCCAACGUAGGGCAGGUGUGGCAUCCUGUAUCAACUGUUGCGAUGGGCAAAGAGGGGGAUGUCGCGUCGGGCAAGGCGGUUGUCGACAGCCGCGGGCGUGCGUUUGGUGUUCAGGGGUUGAGGGUGGCUGAUGCUAGCACUUUUCCAUUCGCGCUUCCGGGACACCCCCAAUCCGCCGUGUAUGCGUUGGCGGAAAAGAUUGCAGAGGAUAUCAUUACUGGUCGUUGA